GGACAAAUAAGAAAAAACCUUGCUCUACUGUUCUGGCAUUUCUAAUUUCUACAUUAUUCUAUUCAUAAAGUUUCCAUCUUUUUUCUCAUUUGCCUUUUUGAAUUCCUCUCAGUCUCCAUGUCUUUCCUUCUCUAGCUCUUAUACUCUCUCUCUCUAAAUUCUCUUCCAUAUUAUAUAUAUUACAUUAUCAUUACCAUUAUUAUUAUUAUCAGGGGAUAAGAAAGAGAGAAAAGCAAGCCUAACUUUAACACUCAAUCACACAACACAGAGACAAGGACAUGGGUAGAGCUCCUUGCUGUGACAAAGCCAACGUGAAGAAGGGUCCAUGGUCGCCUGAGGAAGAUACCAAGCUUAAGGCUUAUAUUGAGCAGAAUGGCACCGGCGGCAACUGGAUAGCCUUGCCUCAGAAGAUAGGCCUUAAGAGAUGUGGCAAGAGUUGUCGACUUCGAUGGCUGAAUUAUCUCCGGCCUAACAUCAAACAUGGUGGCUUCUCAGAGGAGGAAGAUAACAUCAUUUGCAGUCUCUAUAUAAGUAUUGGAAGCAGGUGGUCCAUUAUUGCUGCUCAGUUGCCUGGAAGAACUGAUAAUGAUAUCAAGAACUAUUGGAACACAAGGCUCAAGAAGAAGCUUCUAGGUAAGCAGCGCAAAGAACAACAAGCCCGGCGAGCUACUCUCAGGCAAGAGAUAAAGAGGGAAAGCCAGAGUUUUAUGGUUCCUGGGAUCAUGAAUCAACAGACCCAUAAUUACUGGCCUGAGCUACCAGCAGCAGCAGUCAUGCCAGCCAUGAAUCCAACCCAAUAUUCUCAUUUCUGGGAUCAAGAAUCCCUUAGGAGCUUGCUUAUCAAGCUAGGAGGAAGAUUUUCUGAAAAUCAUCAAGAAUCAAACAUUGCCAGCAGUGUUUACUCUCUUGAUGGUUCGUGCAAUAGUACUCAAGAUCAUCCAUAUUCAAGCUCAGUGAAUAUUCUUUCUUCUUCGGGGGCUUCCAUGAAUUCAACAGAUAGCCCUUGUUCUCAGUUGCCUAAUCCCAACUAUGCAGUCAGUGGAGCAGGUCCAAGUAUCUAUCACGGACUAGAGGAGUUCCCCGUUGAGCUGCAUGAAUUGGUCUAUGGCAACCAGCAACAAUUUGGAGGUCUGAAGAGUUUCAAUGGAAUGGACAUGGCCAACGGCGGAUAUGUUACAAAUGGGGCUAUUAGCUCUGGGGAAAGCACCACCUGGGGAAAUGUAAGCUCCCUGGCUUAUCCUCAACUUGUUUCUGAGCUUGAAACUUGCCUACAAAGCCUGCCGCAAGAUCAUUCGUCCUUCGAAGUUUCCAGUUACUUUGGGCCACAAUAACAGUACUGCUCUAGUACUAUACGGGUGGUGUAAAUUACUUAAUUUGUUUUAGAAGGAAAUUAGGUGUUGGAAAUUCAUAAAACUCUCAAGAAUUUACCCAAGAGAUUUGUUAAUUUUCUUUUGCUGUUAAUUUCACUAAAUUUGACUUUCUUCCA